AUGUCGAAACUGGGCAUUGGCUUGUUGGCCUUCGUUGGACUCAUGGGCCAUCGAACUUCAGCAUCCAACUGCACCUCAUCGUCUGCGGCAGUUCACUGGCUUGGAGAAAAGCCAACGUACAGUUCUGGCGUGACAUUCGGCUUGCCAUGGCCACAAGGCAAAUAUCAGCCAGGCAAGACGGACUUUAGUCUUGUCGGUGAUGAUGAGAAGAUUGAAGGGCUCCAGUCUUGGGCCACCGGCUACUGGGCUGAUGGGUCCCUCAAGUGGACAGGUCAUGCAAUUGCCGAAUCGGAUCAGAUCUAUGAUCAAUACACGGUUGUUGCAUCGUCCGUCGGAUGUGGGAAGAAUUCUUCUUCGCCUUCCGUAUCCAGCACAUCCAACAGCUCCAUCAUUAUCACCGACAGCUCCGAGGCAGUCAAGAUUAACACAGGCAAAGUCGCCGUUUCCUUCCCCAAAAACGGGAACAUCAUCGUGAGCGAGAUCAAGACCAGCAGUGGCAAAUCCAUUGGCACGAACGGAAGACUUGUUCUGCAUUCCCAGGACUCGGUACCAGAUAAUUUCGACAGCCGAGCCAACUCUUCCAUUCAAUAUUCGAAUUUCAAAAGCAAUGUCGAAGAGGUCUCCAUCAAUCAGACCUCUAUUCGUACCCUUGUCACGGUUCGCGGAAACCACACUGUGACUGAUGGCGCUGACCACGAUCCUUGGCUCCCAUUUGUCGUCAGGUUUUACCUCUACGCCAACUCUGCCACGAUCAAAGUUGUGCACAGUCUCGUUUUUGACGGGGAGGAGGAGGAUUUCAUCACUGGGCUCGGUAUUCGAUUCGAUGUUCCACUGAAGGGCGAGGAAUACUACGACCGACACGUCAGAUUUGCCGGUGUGGAUGGUGGUAUUUUCAAUGAAGCGGUUCAAGGAAUUACGGGACUGCGACGUGAUCCCGGCCAAGAGGUGAAAACUGCCCAAUUUGAAGGUCGGAAGCUGCCUGCUACAGACACAUGGGAUUCUCGCGUCACUUCCCGGCUGAAGUGGAUUCCCACAUGGGCAGACUACAGUCUCAGCCAACUGACGGCCGACGGAUUCAGCAUCAAGAAAAGAACAAAGGCUGGACAGUCCUGGGUCAAAAUCCCUAGUGGAACGCGUGCCGAAGGUCUGGCGUACCUUGGAGGUGCCACUCAAGGAGGCCUUGCUGUCAGCCUGCGCGACUUUUGGAAGCGGUAUCCUUCUGGUUUUGAUAUCUCUAACGCGGCAUCCGACACGGGUGAGGUGACGCUCUGGCUCUAUAGUCCGGCUGCCGAUCCUUUAGACCUUCGACCCUUCCAUGACGGACUAGGGCAAAAUGGAUACACAGAUGAACUUGACGCUUUGGAAAUCACCUAUGAGGAUUAUGAACCCGGGUUCAAUACUCCAUAUGGAAUCGCUCGUACCAGCGAAGUGUAUCUGUUUGCCUUCGAUGAAACACCAACAAGUGACAAGUUAUCAUCACUUGCUGCAUUUGUGAACAAUCCCCCGGUGCUGGUUGCCGAGCCCAAAUAUAUCCACGAGACCAAAGCCCUAGGGGAGUAUUGGAACCUACCAGACACAACCAGCGAAGCCGCAACUACUCUUGAAAAUCACCUUCACUUCAUCUUCGAGUUCUAUCGUGACCAAAUUGAGCAGCGACGCUGGUACGGCUUCUUGGACUAUGGUGAUUUUAUGCAUACAUACGACACUGACCGACACACAUGGCGUUACGACGUCGGCGGGUAUGCCUGGGACAACUCCGAGCUUUCCCCGGAUCUCUUUUUCUGGCUUUACUUCCUUCGCACUGGCAACGAAGAGGCCUACCGGUUUGCCGAGGCUCUGACACGACACACGGGUGAAGUCGAUGUAUACCAUAUUGGUGGCUGGAAGGGGCUGGGAACACGUCACGGCGUGCAGCACUGGGCCGAUAGCGCCAAACAGGCUCGAAUCUCUCAACCCCAGUAUCGGAAAUACUUUUUCUACCUUUCAGGCGGUGACGAGCGCGUCGGAGAAUUGCUGGAAGAGUUGCUCGAUACAGAUAAGACAUACGGAAUUCUUGAUCCACAGCGAAAGGUCCGCACCGACGGAUGGACACCUAGCCCGAACUCGACAGUCUCGUUCGGUCUUGGCACAGAUUGGUCAGGUCUCGCUGCUGGCUGGUUGAUUGAAUGGGAACGCCGCGGCUCCAGAUGGGAAGAGGCCAAAACUAAGCUGAACAACACAAUCUCGGGAAUCGCAAACCUUACAAACGGAUUUGUGACCGGUUCGGGAUUGUACGACCCCACCACUUGGACGCUAGGCCCUCCCCCAGCCGACCCAGGCAACCUGGGCAAUGUCUCUAUUUCACACCUGAAUGCUGUCUUCGGUCUGCCCGAGGUGGUCUCUGAGGCGAUCGCCUAUUUUGCGGACGAUUUACCAAAAGGUUUCAAGCAAGACUGGCUAGAUUACUGCUUUUACUACCAUGCCUCGGCUGCCGAGCAGAAGACACGCUACGGACAGAGUUUCAGCAAGAUAAGUCUGCUACAGGCGCAUUCCAGACUUGCAGCAUAUGCAGCAUACGAGACAAAGAACACUUCUCUCGCUCUGCGAGCCUGGGAGGACUUCUAUGAUAGUGAUGGACUAGCACCUAAUGCUCCAUGGAAUACGACUCAUGUGAACGGAAGUGCUGUCUUGGUGGCUGUGGACGAAGCGGCCUGGCUUGCAACUAAUGACAUCGCCCAGUACGGACUUGCUGUCAUUCAGAAUCUCGCCUAUGCCUCAGACGCGCUUGCUGAAUAUCAUUCGUGA